AUGUCUAACACACUAGCUUUGUUCUGGGACAUUACGUCCACAGAACGUGAUGCUAGGUUGAAUGCAUCACAGGAACUUGUCCAAACAUUGAUAUCCUCUCAGCCGUCGUCUGAAGAUGCAUGCAUGGAUGACGUUGUCGCCAAUACCGCGCACGCGUCGUCAGCAGAGGACGUGAACAUGUCGGAAGAAGAAGUAGAGGCUUCGGAGCAGCGGAUUGAUGAGCUAAAUACAUCUGAAGUAAGCUACGCUAUACGCCGUCUCGUCCGUGGGCUGGCAAGUCCACGCGAGAAUGCUCGUAUCGGUUUUGCUGUGGCUUUAAGUGAGCUCCUCAGUCAUCUCUCCACUGUGUCGGCGCACGAUAUACUUGCUCUUCUAUGGAAACAUAGCGUCGUUCGUGGAAACCUUAGCGGGCAGGAAGUACGUGACUUGCAUUUCGCUCGCCUGUUUGGCGUCUAUACACUAGCACGUUCGCGCUUGCUUUACUCGAGGCGAUCCUCUCUUCUCACUUUCAAGCGGACGUUCCUUAUUAUCAUUGCUGUCGCAUCCUAUAAGUCGUGGCUCAGUGAAUCUUGUGGCUGGGUUCUCGUUGAGCUUAUUCGACCUCUUGGACCAACAAAUUCCACACGUCCACCGUGGGCGGAUGACGCUCUUUCAUGGGUGUUUGAUCAGCUACAGUCUCUGCCAUCGUUCUCACCAGAAACACUAGCUCUUUUACUUACUCUGAUGCAGAUGAUACCAUCGCUUUCGAUGGCGAGUCACCGCAUGAUACCACCCUUCAAGCAGGCGAAUCCUUUGGCACCUGCUAACUUGCCAGCACUCGCAUCAAUAUUGCGUGAAGCAAUUCCAAUGCAUUGGAAUUCAGAUACACCUGCGCCGAAAGCUGGAACAUGGACGGCGCAUCUGCCGUUCGUCUGGGAUAUGCUACUGGAUCUGUACCUGGGCAAACCGCAUGAUGAAAAUCUUCAAGGCGACCAUGACCCUGACGAUAUGAGUAGUGAACACCAAGCUUUGUUGAAGGGAGCAGCUCCGUUUCCGGACUUUUUCCGUGUUGUCGUGGACGAAUCGUUGUUUGCAACACAAGCAUCACCGGAGCGCAAAUCAUGGGGGUUUCAAGUCCUUCACCGCACAUUGCCGCGGGCGUCAGCUGAUGUCUUGCCGUUCUUGUUCACCCCCAAUCUUAUGCGUACGUGGGUGAAUCAGCUUUCUGUGCCUGAUCGACUGCUGCACAGCAUGGCACAGAAAACCGUACUUCUCGUGGGCGAUGCUGUGAGGCGCUGUCCUACAGCAGGGAUUGCUCUCGUGACGCAGCUUACCGGUGAGCACGGGCGUCAGAACUUUGACCGUGUCACACACACCAAAACGAUCGAGUCGAUUCUCUCGUCUCUCGACGAGGCCGGGCUUCAGCGCUAUCUGGCCUACCUGCGAAGUAUUUUGUACGCAUCUGGUAUGUCGUCUGACGAUGCAAAAAGCAUUGCAAUGCAGCGGCAAAGUGCAUGCGAUCAAAUGCUUGCUCUUGUGCGCAGUCGUUUGAUAAAAUCGUCUGGCGCUUGGGUCCGAGAUGUGCUUCUUUUCUUUGCUGGUCAUGGAUACUAUGCUGUAAAAAAGAAUCCGGCUCGUCCGUGGAGUGCUGUGUUACAGGUGCCAGAUGCUGGGGCAUUUUCUAACGCGCUGCGCGAUGUAUGCCGCUCGCGUCUCCAGGCAUGUUUGGCGGAACUGCAUGAGCCUGACGAGCAUGGUAAGCCAUGGCCUUUGGUUGUCAUGGACAUGCUGGAUGGGAUGGAGGAAGACUCCGAGCACUUCUCGUGUUUGGCAAAUGCCGUUGCCCAGGAACGAAUUCGUCGCGGCCGGGAAGUUCUGAAGCAGGUGCAACGAGUUGUACUGAAGGAGAAAAAUGAGAGACAGCUCGAGAAACUGCAUGCAUUUGAGGUUCUCUUGGCGUCGGUGAUUCUUGUCACCUUUGAAGACACAGGUGACGCGCCUGAUAUGAUCGAUCCGCUUGUCGACACUGCACAGCUUUUGUUUCUUGACAAGCCGAAGAAGCAAAAGCAAAAGCAUCUACCGAAAACGCAGGAUGCACCACAGCAUGAAGUGGGCGGUAUGGAACUGCUUACGGACACACUUGUCGGGCUGCUAGAGUUUUCAUCAGCGUUCCUAAGAUCCAUGGUCGGCCAGGUCUUUGCAAAAUUCAGUCGUUCCAUGACGAAGGAGAGCUUGGAUCACUUGAUUGAUCAGUUAGGUAUGAACGAACCAGAGAAGGAUGAUGAUGUCGGGCACGAACAUGAGGAGGCAAUGGAGGAAGACGAAGAGGUCGACGAGGAAGACGAAGAAGACGAAGAGGAAGAAGAGGAUGAUGAAGAGGAACUCGAGGAGGAAGAUGAGGCUGAUGACGAUGUGGAUCCAGUGCUCCGCUCGCGCGUAGAGGAAGCAUUCCGUGCGAGUGGCCUUGCGGACGAUAAUGAUGACGACAACAAUGCGAGUAACAAUGAGGAAGAUGAUGUUGCAGUACUCGAUGACGAUCAAAUGGCCAAGCUGGACGAUAAGCUGGCUGAGAUCUUCCAACAGCACACGUCAUCGAAGCGCAAAGAACGCGAAGCACUCCAGCGCGAUACUGCUCUAUUCCACAACAAGAUUCUCGACCUUCUCGAUAUGUAUGCCAAAGAACAAAGUGGCAACGCACUUGUUCUUCGCUUAAUUGCCCCCCUUCUGGCUCUCGCACGGGGCUCAGGUGAUGUGAGUCAACAAGUGGCGACUCGAGCGAGUCAAAUCCUGCGUCAGCGUCUUUGCAAAUCGAAGGAGCUUCCACGUGGUGAGAUUGAUGUAGAUGAACUCGUUCGCGAGCUCAGCGCAACACAUGAACUUGCACGCACGUCACACGAUGCGACUAUGGCAGAUCUCGCUGCUGCUGUAAGCCACUUGUAUACAAAGGUGCUUGUGCGUCACCUCCAGAUCGAUGGUCCCGUGACUGUUUUCAAGCAUACACUGCAGGACUUUUUGGAGCGCAAGUCAUCACCAGUGCGUCCUGCAUUCAUAAUUGAGGCCAUCCGACGAUAUCCAGAAUUGGGCUGGGGACUCCGGCAUGCGUUAUUGGAUGGUUGCCACAUGAGUAAAGCGGCGCGUGCAUUCCGACAGGUCCAAGCCUACACUAUGCUUCAAGCUGUCUUGCAGCAGCAGCAACACCCUGAUACAAGACAGGCACCCGUACAGGACGUGCUUUCCUUCAUCGCUCAGGUGCGUCAUGUUGUAGGAGAAACUGUCAUGGCUGCUGCCUCCUCCGCUGAAAAUGAUGACGGUGCUACCUCACUCAAUGCCCAACGCCUAAAAGAUGUGCUGCGUUUCGCACUGCAAGGUGUGCGCAUGACUGUGCGGAUCUCAGAUGGACAAGCCACCUCCGUGCAAGCUUGCUGGCCACCGGACGAGCUAGAGGCUAUCUUGCAGGCGCUUCAAUCUUCAGAGCGCUUCAAGAGCUCGUCGUCACUUCACAGCAUCAUGAAAGAAAUGCUCUCUCUCAUCCGCCGGUCAGAUCCAUCUCCAUCAAGCUCAGGCUUGCCUACUAAACAGAAACGACGCGCCAGCGAAAACGGAAGCGAGAAUUCGGAAAAUUCUAAGCGUCGUGCAUCUUCCGGCCCUACGAAGAUCCGUAGUACAGAUACGAGCACAUAG